CUGUGGAACAAAUUACGUCCAGUGAGGCAGAUCCAUCAAUCAGACUGAGUUUGAUUGUGUUGGAGCAGUCAGGAAACAUCACAGAAGAUAUGAAGCUUCCAAAAGUGACAUUAAAACCAAUACAACCAGAUUCCAUGUAUCCUGACAUUCCUCCCAUCCAACUUUUGCUUUCUCUUAUCACUUUUUCAGGUCUCCAGGGACUUAUGAACAUUCAUAAAUCUUCCAGACUCACUUUCUCUCACAAUCAGAUUUUGUGAAUUUUUGGUGAAUUCAGAUUAAACCUAAACUGAAAUGAGAUUUUUAGUGUGGACUAUGGACUUCAUCCCACUACUGGGGGAGAGCGGAGAAAAUACAUGUUGAGAAACGCUUGGAAAAACACAGCGGGAUGAAGUCCUAUGAUUACAUCCCAAAUCAUUACACAGAAUUAUUAUAUCUGUCAGUAUAUGGUAAUAAUAAUAUUACAGAUGUUUAUUACUUUGUCAACAUAUUCUACUCAUCUAUAGAUUACCACACUAUAUUGUUAGUGCUGCUUUCCCACUUUAAAUCCUAUGGAUGUCUCCUGUGGCAUUUUGGAGUUUGUAGUUUAGUGUGAGACACAAUACGUCUCUGGCUGAGAUUUUUUAAGGGUCCAAUUUAAAACACAAAUCCCAGGAUUCCACAGGAAGUAGACAUAGGAUUUAAAUAUAAUGUGUAGUGUGAUGAUCUCCUAUGGAAACAAUUAGUCAGAAGGCAGUUCUUGAACGUCUUCCUGGAUGGUGUCUUUUUGUUCAUUAAUGUAUGAAUAAACCAUGACACAAUUAUUUUCUAUGUAUUAGAUGGCAUCCACCUUCAUACAAUCCGCUGCUUUUCCCCCCAGAGUGACAACAAAGUUCUACCAGCAUGUCCUGGCCUUGGUGUUUGCCAUCAAUGAGAUCAAUGACAAUCCAAAGAUCUUGCCCAAUGUCACUCUUGGAUUCCACAUCUACGACAGCUACUCCAAUGCAAAGAUGACUUAUCGUACCACUUUGGAUUUAAUCUAUAAAUCACAACAGUUUCUUCCCAACUACCAAUGUGGCAUCCAGAAAAAUCUAGUAGCUGCUAUUGGAGGACUUGAUUCUGAUACCUCCUUAUAUAUGGCAGAAGUAUUGGUCCCUUACAAGAUACCUCAGGUAGAAUCUGUAGAUGUGAUUUAAUUGCACUUAUAGAAUUUGCUCUUCCUGAUUCUCUUUGGAAGCAAGUUCAUAGAUACAUUUAUUUGCAAAUAGCCAUAAAAGCAAAGGUGGGAUGGAAUAAAGAAAGGGAAAAUGAGGGUAAAACAGAUCUUGCAGCAGACGUUACUCUAUAUGGGGGUCCAGAGUAUGGUACAAAUGCAUGAGAUGUUUCUUGACUGUAGUGUCACAAUUGAGUGAAAUUUGCAGCUCUAAUGCUUCUUUAAGCAUUAUAUAUGAUGCAGGGUUUCUGAUAACUCCUACUAAUGUCUCAAAAGGUGUUCAGAUAUUAAUUGUAUUUCUGCUUUGAAAUGGUUGCCUUUCUCCUUCUAGAUUUCCUAUGGCUCUUUUGAACCAUCAGGGAGGUAUGAGACCGAUUUGCCGCCCUUUUAUCGCAUGGUUCCCAAUGAAGGCCUUCAGUAUCAAGGAAUUGUCCAGCUCCUUCUGCAUUUCAAUUGGAAAUGGAUUGGGCUCAUAGUUAUUGAGUAUGAGAGUGGAGAACACUCCUUGAUGACUCUGGAAUCCAUGCUUUCCCAAAAUCAAAUCUGCUUAGCUUUCACCGAAAGAUAUCCUCAAAAUCCCCGGGUUUACCUUGGAAUAAAUGAUAUGAUCAAUGACAUUCUCAAUUAUAGUCCACUUUUCAUGGGCAGCACAGCCAAUGCAGUGGUUAUCGAUGGGGACAGUGUGACCAUAAGGACCCUGGCAUAUAUCAUAUGGGGUAGAGCAGUGCUUUAUUAUCUUCUAGAUCCUUGGAACAAGAUGAAGACAUCCUCUGGGAAGGUGUGGAUUACAACAGCCCAGAUUGAUUUCACAUUUAAUACCUUGCAAAAAGGCCUCAAUAUGCAAAUGUUCCAUGGUGCUAUUUCCUUCGUAAUUCACAGAAAAGAGGUUCAAGACUUCCAAGAAUUUCUUCGGACUCUUGACCCAAACAUGGCAAAUGGAGAUGGCUUCAUCAGUGAUUUCUGGGAACAAGCAUUCAAUUGUUUGGUUUCUGGCACUACUGAUCCUACAGGUUCAGAUGAUACAUGUACUGGAGAUGAGAUGCUGGAGGACCUCACUGAACCAUUCUUUGAAAUGAGCAUGACUGGCCACAGCUAUAGCAUCUAUAACGCGGUCUAUGCGGUGGCACAUGCCUUGCACAUCAUAUACUCAUCUAGAUCAAUUCAUAGAGUGAUGGGUGAUGGAGAUAGGGGGAGACCUCUAAAAGUGGAGCCCUGGCAGCUCCACUCUUGGCUUCAGAGGGUUUCAUUCAAUAACAGUGUGGGAGAUGAAAUUACACUCAAUGAAAAAAGAGAAUUAGCAGCAGGAUUUGAUGUCACAAACUUGGUCACCUUCCAAAACGAUUCCUACCAGAGAGUCACAGUUGGAAAGUUGGAUCCCAAGGCUCCUCCAGGGAACGAGCUCAUCAUUGACGAAAAGAAGAUCCAUUGGCAUAGAGACCUGACGCAGGUGCCCCCCAUUUCUCUGUGUAAUGACUUCUGCCGACCUGGUUAUCAAAAGAUCAAGAAGGAGAAUGAACAACACUUUUGCUGCUAUGAUUGUAUUCCAUGUGAGGAAGGGAAGAUCUCAAAUCUGAAUGAUAUGGAUGCUUGUAUUAAAUGUGCAGAAGAUCAGUACCCAAACCUGGAUCAGAAUGGAUGCAUUGCCAAGGGAGUAAGCUUUCUGUCUUAUGAAGAUCCUCUGGGGAUCACUAUCACUUUGUGUGCCCUCUUGUUUUCCUUUAUCACCUCUUUGGUACUUGGAACUUUUAUUAAGCACAAAGAUACUCCCAUCGUCAAAGCCAACAACCGAAGUCUCAGCUACACGCUCCUCAUCUGCCUACUCCUCUGUUUCCUCUGUCCAUUGCUCUUCCUUGGCCAACCUGGGAAAGUGACCUGCCUUCUGAGACAAGUAUCCUUUGGUAUCACCUUCUCCGUGGCACUUUCUUGCAUCUUGGCUAAAACUAUCCUAGUGGUUCUGGCAUUUUUAGUCACCAAGCCAGGAUCCAGGAAGAGCAAAUGGGUAGGGAAAAGGCUGGCAGCGAUCAUUGUCCUUUCCUGCUCCUUUAUUCAAACAGGUAUUUCUGCAGUUUGGUUGGGAUUCUCGCCUCCUUUCCCAGAGGUGGACAUGAGAUCCUUCAAAGAGGCGAUCAUAUUGGAAUGCAACGAAGGAUCUGUUCUUAUGUUUUAUUGUGUCUUGGGUUUGAUGGGCUGUUUAUCGGCGGUCAGCUUCACUGUAGCCUUCCUGUCUAGAAAGUUACCUGACAGUUUCAACGAAGCCAAGUUCAUCGCCUUCAGCAUGUUGGUUUUCUGCAGUGUUUGGGUGUCCUUUAUUCCAACCUACUUGAGCACCAAGGGCAAAUACAUGGUGGCUGUGGAGAUCUUCUCCAUCCUAGCCUCCAGCGCUGGGUUGCUAGCUUGCAUCUUUUUCCCCAAAUGCUACAUCAUAUUGUUGAAACCUGAGAUGAAUCACAAGGAGUAUCUAAUUAAGGGGAAGAAACGAAGAAGCUAUAAGUCCACUUGAUACUCCUCUUGUAAACAUUUUUAUCAUUGUUUAACUAUCAUUUCAACGUCAAUCUCUCUGAGUCGCCAAGACAUUUGUUACCAAACUUUUUUGGCCAUGAAACUCUUCAGAAGACAUUUAUUCUCCACAAACCCUAAUUCUCUUCCUGAAUCGUUUAAUCAAAAAUAUAUUCUAGAUUAUUUUACACUAAUGUAAAUGUGUCUCCCAUUUUCUUAAAUAAUGUCUAGUCUUUGAAUAAAUCUUCUUCUGGUAUUUUACAAAUAAUUCCAAAUAUGUUUUAUCCCAAAAAAACUAUACAAGAAAAUAAAUUUUAAAAAGAAACAUGAAUGUGAAAGACUCACUGCAUAUGAAUAACAUUUGUCCAAAUUGCAAAUAAAAUGUUGAAAAUGCAUAGCAGGCAACUACAUACCUGAUAGUGAUAGUUGUAGUGCAAAAGAGCAGUUAUGAAGACUGUAAAUCAAAUAGUUGGACUUGUGUGGUUUUAUUUUAAAAUCCAUUUCAAAUUUAAGAUUUUGUGCAGAACCCCUAUAAUGCUUUAACACAAUUUGGGAACCUCUGAAAUUGGGAGAUCUCUCCUUCAUAGUGUCACCAUGAGGUGGAGUCGACAUGACAUUAGUUCACAAAAGCAACAACAAUACUGAAUAAAAUUCUCAUAAAUCCAUUGCUGUUGCCACUCUUGAUUUACAAACCUCAUAAAUUCAUUAAUAAUUGGGGAUGCUUGUAAACCUGAUCAGAACAGGUUUUAUGGUUUUCCUGGGAAUAAAAGGAAAUCCACUUCCAGGACAGAGGGUGGGUUAGAAAUAAAGAUUAUUAUUAUUAUUAUUAUUAUUAUUAUUAUUAUUAUUAUUAUUAUUGACACCACGACACAGUAUGACACAGCAAACAAGAUAGAUAUGCUGGAUUUCAUAUCACAAAAUCACAAGUCGAACACUUCCCAAGCGUUUAGGACUGUGUAAUGUAUUUUCGGAUGAUGCGUGCAGAUCCCAGUAAGGUGGCCUUUUGCAGUUGACAGAUCGUAAUUUUGUCAAUGUUUAUUGUUUCCAAAUGCCAGCUGAGAUCUUUUGGCUCGACACCCAGUGUGCCAAUCACCACUGGGACCACCUGUACUGGUUUAUGCCAGAGCCUUUGCAGUUCGAUCUUGAGGUCCCGAUAAUGGCUGAGUUUUUCCUGUUGUUUUUCAUCAAUCCAACUGUCACCUGGGAUGGUGACAUCAAUAAUCCAAACUUUUUUCUUUUCCACAACCGUGAUGUCUGGUGUGUUGUGUUCCAGAACUUUGUCAGUCUGGAUUCGGAAGUCCCACAGUAUCUUUGCAUGUUCAUUUUCCAAUACUUUUGCAGGUUUGUGAUCCCACCAGUUCUUUGCUGCUGGAAGGUGGUACUUGAGGCAUAAGUUCUAAUGAAUCAUUUGGGCCACGUAGUUGUGCCUCUGUUUGUAGUCUGUCUGUGCAAUUAUUAUUAUUAUUAUUAUUAUUAUUAUUAUUAUUAUUAUUAUUAUUAUUAUUCAAGGAGAGAAAAUAAAACCAA